AUGUCGCUGCCGUCGCAGUCGCACCUGUCGGGCAGCAUGGAGCGCAAGCGCGUGGGGUCGGGGUCGUCGCUCGCGCCGUCCGCGGCGGCGGCGGCGCAGGCGCCGCUGGUGUGCCACGGGCACUCGCGGCCGAUUGUGGAGAUCGCGUACAGCCCGAUCACCGACGACGGCUUCUUCCUCAUCUCCGCCAGUAAAGGUGCGCGCGCCCCCCUGUCCGCCAGUAAAGGUCCGCUCGCCGCACUCCUCUCCCCCCGUCUUCCCUCUCCAUCAGUAAAGGUCCGCGUGCCCCACCCCCCCUCCCUCUCUCUGCCAGUAAUGGUUCGCGCGACCCCACCCCUCUCUGCCAGUACAGGUCCCCCCCCCCCUCCUCUCUCUCCGCCAGUAAAGUCCUCACAUAACUCUUUCCUCCUCGCCGGUUCUCCCGCGCGCUCAAACGGCAAGCCCUCACACGCCAUUUCCCCUUCCCCGCUCACCACCAUCCCCCGCGUUCGCGCAGACGGCAAGCCGAUGAUCCGCAACGGCGAGACGGGCGACUGGAUCGGCACGUUCGAGGGGCACAAGGGCGCCGUGUGGGGCGCUUGCCUCGACCGCCCCGCGCUGCUCGCCGCCACCGCCUCCGCCGACUUCACCGCGCGCAUCUGGGACGCGUUGACGGGCGACGAGAAGCACAAGUUGGAGCACAAGCACAUCGUGCGCACCGUCGACUUCUCAAAGGACUCCCGACAGCUAUUAACGGGCGGAGCAGAGAAGGUGGUGCGAGUGUUUGACUUGGCUCGCCCCGACGCCGGCCCCACACUGUCACUGGAGGGUAUGGCGGGGCCUGUGCGCUGCGCCAGGUGGCACAACGACGACCGCUGGAUCCUCGUCACCUGCAAUGACGUGGCGGGCGUCAAGGUGUUUGAUGCGCGCAGCAAAGACGUGGUGGGCGUGAUGGCAACGGACGGCGCGUGUCUCAGCAUGGACAUCUCACCUGCUGCUACCGGUGGUGGUGGGGCGGGGGGCAGCGCAUUCAUCACCACGGCUGAUGGCUCCACUGUCAAGAUCUUCGAUGCGCGCUCGCUUCAAGAGGUCAAGUCACAUCGAUUGCCACAUCAGGCUGAGUCAGCAUCCUAUAUCCCGUCAACCAAUCGGUUUGUGGCGGGCGGUGAGGAUCUGUGGGUGCGGGUAUUCGACUAUGAGACGGGCCAGCAGCUAGAGUGUCACAAGGGCCAUCACGGCCCAGUGCACUGCAUUCGCUUUGCCCCCGAUGCACUCUCCUACGCAUCAGGCUCAGAAGACGGCACCAUCCGCAUCUGGAAGCUUGCCCCCGCUACUGCUGCUGAAGGUGCUGCUGCUGGUGCUGCUGGUAGUGCUGCUGAUGGCGCUGCUAGUGGUGCUGAUGCUGCUGGUGCUGGUGGGAAAGGGGAGGGUGGAGAGUGCAAUGGAGUGAGUGGGGUGGUGAGGGUGGGGGCAACGGAGGAGGUGAUAAAGAAGUACCCGGCUGCCACGUCAGCCUCCACCUCCCUUCCCUCCCCACACCAACCAUCCGCGCCCCUUCCGCCCAUGGCCGCGUCUCCGCUGCCCUCCUCCGCUCCGCCGCCCGAAACCGCCGCUCCCGCCGCGUCCUCCCCCAACUCUCCCCCUCCCCCACCCCCUACUCCCCGCGCGCCACUCUCUCUCCGCCUGUGGCGGGACGCGCGCAGCCAGCGCGUGGCGCAGGCGGCGGCGUAUCACCCGUUCGUGCUGGCGCUGGGCGCGGGCACGCUGCCGCGGCGGCGCUUCGUGCGCUACUCGCUGCAGGACGCCUUCUUCCUCUCCGCCUUCGCUCACUCGUACGGCGCGGCAGCGUCACUACUGGAUGGGGGUGAGGAGGACGGCACGGGGGGAGCGGGGGGAAAGGAUGGGGCGGCGGAAGGGGAGGAGGAGUUGAGUGUGCGGGCGGUGCUGCAGCGACUGCAGAGGGAAGCGGAUGGGGAGCUGCAGAUGCAUGCUGCUACUGUCAAGGCAUGGAUCGAGGAGUCAAGCGACUCACAGGCUGCUGACGCCACUGCUGACGUCACGGCGGACAGUGCCCCCCUGCCUGCCACACUAGAGUACACGUCGUUCCUCUCGCACGUGGUGGCGGGGACGAGCGGUGUGUGGGACUCCCAUGGGCUGGGGUCACGGGUCGAGCAGGACGAGAGCAGCGCAGGGCAACAUGCGUGCGAGCAGGGGAGUCACCACAACCAUGUGCCCCACAGCAGCAGCUGCAGCAGCAGCAGCGAAUUGGUGGUCCUCUCACGGCCUGCUGACUGGAUAGCUGAGAGCGAUCGCUCAUCCCCCGCAGCGCGGCGGUGGCACACGCUGUGUGUGCUGGCCGCCAUGCUGCCCUGCAUGCGCCUCUACGCUUCAAUCGGACACACCAUGGGCGGCGCUGCCUGGGGGCUGCACGCUGCAGCAGCAGGGGGAGUGGGUGGAGCGGAGGAGGGGGAAAGGGGAGGAGGGGGAAGCAACGAGGUGGGGGUGAAGGGCAGGGGGGGUGUGUCGGAGGAGUGGCGGUGGCACCCGUACGGCCAGUGGUUGCACACCUACUCGUGCCCAGGCUUUGAGGCAGCAGCAGCGCUGUUGGAGUCGGCAUUCGACCGCCUCUGGUCGCUGCACCUGCGCUCCCUGCACCCCUCGUGCGCGCCCUCAUCCCCUAUCGCACUGCAGCAGCAGCAGCACGUGGCAGAGCAGCACCUAUCGCGGGUAUACAGCAGGGCCAUGCAGUUAGAGCUCUCCUUCUUCCACGCCCAGCUCGCUCCCUUCCCUGCCACACCACCGCCGCCGCUGCCGCCCCCCCACGCGUCCGACGCCCCACCCUCCCUCCCAGCAUGGCGGGGCUUUUUCCACCUUGCUUCCCAGGAAGGGGCGAGGGCAGGCAGGGAGGCGUCAGGAGGAGGAGGGGAGGCGGGCGGUGAGGGGAAGGCAGCGGGCGUGGUGUUUGCAGUGGACUUUGACGGCACGUGCACCGUGGACGACUCCAGUGCCCUGCUCGCCCGCCUUGCCCUCGCCCACGCCGCUCCCGCCGGCAAGGGCAUUUCUACCAACGAUGAUGCAGCUGCUGGUGGUGGUGGUGAGUGUGGUGGCAGCAGGCAGCAGGUAUGGGACGACCUGGUGCAGCGGUAUGUGCGGGACUACUCUGACUUCAUGCACGCCCAUCUGCCACCCACUCAUGCUCACAGGGACAGCAGCAGUAGCAGCAACAGCAACAGCAGCAGAAGCAGCAAGCAGGGACGGGAUGAAAGCAGGGAGAGCAGCCGCACAGCCGGCAGCACCCCCGCCCACCUCCCUCCCGGCCUCCUCCCCUUUCUCCACCGCCUCUCCUCCUUCGAGGCCGCGGCCAAUCAGCGCGUGACAGGUGUCGCCGCCCUGCAGGGCAUCCCCCGGGACGCCAUGCUGGCAGCGGCCAGGGAGGCUGCUGACGUGGCGGAGGGGGAAGGGGUGGGGCAGGGCCGGGGGAGCUUCAGGUCUGGAUGUGGGCGAGUGCUGCGGCGAGUGGAGGGGGAGGGUGGUGUGGUGCAGGUGGUAUCUGUGAGCUGGUGUGGGGCGUAUGUGGGGGAGGCUGUGAGGCAUGCCAUGCGGAUGGCAGGGGGGAAGAGGGGUGAGGAGGGGACGCAAGAAGACAAGGCAGAAGGAAAGGAGGGGGAGACAGAGUGCGGAGAGAAGAUGUGCAGUGGUGGGGGGCCGGAGGGAGGAGCAGGAGUGGGCAGCAGAGUGGUGGUGAGAGCGAAUGAGAUGGAGUUUGAUGAGCGCGGUGUGUCCACAGACAGCACAACAGACCUGCUGCCGCUGCUGCGAGCACAGGUGGGCGUGGUGAUGGCAGGUGGGGCAUCCAGUCUAGAAAGGGUCAUCCAGGCCUUAGGUGUCCACCGCCUGCCACUGGUGGCGCUGGCUCUGCUGCACAUGCAGCAAGGGGCGGCGGGAGAGGCGAAAGUGAAUGGGGAGGGGUGUGUGGAUGCCCGCCCUGUGAUGGAGGUGGCACCAUGGACGCUGCUUGAUGCGAGCUGCUGGGAGGAGCUUGAGGUGUUCCUCUUUGGCAUUCAUUUCACUGAAAUUGAUAGCGAGUGGUCUGGCAAUGAUGCCAUUCAUGCUUUGCCGUUGCCUGCAGCAGUCCUUGCCCUUGUUGGCGCUGCUCUAGUCAGUUGCUGGUACAGCCUUGCAGCGGGAUAA